AAAAAGCUUCCACGAUACGGUACCGUAACGGUAGUUACCAGCACCACGCUCCGUCAGGGCAGUAAAGCUAGACAGCAAAGCUGUUUCAGUCAUGCUUCUGACGCCACCAAAUCAGCUCUGACGCCACAAUUGCAUUCUUUUCGAUGAUGCACCCUUUUAUUUGCAACCAUCGAGGUUUUCACGCCGGAUCCUCGACUGUCGAGGCACUUUUCUACUCUGGCUACACUGUUGCUGUACAAUCCGAGUCAGAGUCAUCAUGAAACUGGGUUGCUGCGCAGAUCCCAUCCAUUAUCUUGUGCCUGCAAUAAGUUUCUGUUGACCUGCUACCCCUCCGCCACCGAAAACCGACCAUCUUGCUUCUUGAGGAGAGACAUUGUGUUCAUCCAUUGAGGGUAUCUAGCAAUUCAGAACAGUCAUUCUGCUUGAGAAAGGAUUAUCCCCAUAUUGAAUUCUUUACUACUGAACUACGUAAUGAGAAUUCGCACUCGUCCUCUAUUGAAGGGAUCCGUGAGUUUCUUUGACGACGAUGAAGAUGAAGAAGUGAGUUUUGUGGAUGUGGAGCCUCUGUUUGAGACCAUUCGACAGCAAUUCUUCCGCUCUAAUCUACGGUCCUCCCAAUCCAACUUGCGGUCUUCCCAAACCAGUCUUUCCGCCGCAUUUAGCAACCCCAGUAGCCUUGGUACUACUAAUUGCGGCGACCCCGAUGAGACCAGUACCAAAGACACGGACAAUAACCCGUGGUCCGUGCUGGAAGAGGAGUUUCCAUCGGCCAGUCCCUCGGAAUGCCAACGGUUUUGGACGCAAUAUGGCAACGACAAGGCAAGGGCACCCUUGAAGGCCUAUCUGGAAUGGCGUGCCCUCUACGAGCCGUACAGUCUGGGCAUUAGCCGUUCUUCCCAACAGGCUCCCAUGGACAGCAGUUGGAAACGCUUUAGCACGUCCAUUUCUUCCAUACGACCCGCCGAGCGAGACCACGAAGUCUGGGAACAAGCCUGGGAGAUUGCCUGGUAUCAGGUCGAACGAUGCCAACAAGAACCCGACGAAGUCUUUCUCUUUCCUCCGUCCAUUUGUGGACACAGCAGCAAAAAACACGCCAGUGUUCCCGAUCUCUCCAAAUAUCGACGGACACCGAUUCCCCAAUAUCUCUUUGCCCAUUACGUUCCCGAGAGCAACAAUAUUCUGGUCCAAGCCUUACCGGCACAAAUCGACACCAAAUUGGCGUGUGCCGAGAUUCAUUCCCUCGCCCUCGCCUUGUAUUUCUAUGAUCUCUUUAGUGAACUCGAUGACACCAAUAAAAGUCAACUCGCCACGGGCGAUUUGUGGUUGGACGUUCGAGGCGCUCCCCCGUGGGCCAAUCCCAAACCACUCCAAUUGAUUCCCCUCAUUCGGACCGUCUCGACACGAUUGUUGGCGGUGCAUCCGGAACGACUCAAUCGUCUCAUUGUCUUUCCCGUACCGGGAUGGGCCGUGGCCAUUUUCAAUGUCAUUUCGGGGGUGUUACCGCAAGUGGUGCGCGAACGGACCGUGCUCGUGGCAGGCAAUGCCUCGCACAAUUCGACAUUACCCAUGGACAAGAUGGCCGUGCAUAUGGAUGACGAAACGACAAAGUACGAUACACUGCAGGAUAUGGAACGAGUCCGACGACAAGCUGUCACCAAAGCGGAACGAGUCAAGGAACAGUUGCAAAAGAGAGAACAAGAUGGUCGAGGAGCCGAAUCUCUACAAUUCGCUGGCAUGCCAUGACUGACUGGUGUAGCUAUCCAAACAUGAUGCAUAUAUAGCUUGGGUCCAAGGAUACCCUCCUUCCCUCCCCGUCGUUUCAGUGCAGUCUUCCUCACGUACGGUACCUACAGUGCAAUACCAAACGAGAUUGACUGAAUCUUCUUUGACAUCUCAAAUGAGAAGGUUUGUUUAUAAAGCGGGUCUCUGCGCCAGUAAUGUACCAAUGAUAACAGUUUAAGAGCUAUAGCUAGCUGGGAUUUCUUUCAGGUCUGUUCAACCUUUGAGUGGUGCAUGCACGAGAAAACAUUAUUGCAAGAAGGGCACC